CCCCUGCUGCUGCUCCACGGCUGGCCCGGCUCCGUGCGCGAGUUCUACGAGGCGAUACCAAUCCUCACCGCCGUCAGCAAGGACAGGAACUUCGCCUUGGAACUCAUCGUGCCCAGUCUACCUGGAUACGGAUUCUCUGAUGCAGCUGUACGCCCAGGUCUUGGGGCUGCUCAGAUUGCCGUAGUCUGCAGAAACCUUAUGCAGCGUCUUGGAUUCAAGCGGUAUUACGUGCAAGGGGGCGACUGGGGUUCCGCCAUUGGAAGCAUCAUGGCCACUAUCUUCCCUCAGGAAGUCCUGGGCUUCCACGCCAACGUUGCCUUCAUUAUGAGCUCUACAGUAACAUUCUUGGAACUCCUGGGCUCCGUAUUUCCUUCACUGAUCGUCGAAUCUAAAUACGCAGACAGAAUGUAUCCCCUGGGGUCUAUGUAUGCUUACCUUCUUGAGGAGACAGGGUACAUGCAUAUUCAAUCCACCAAACCUGACACAGUCGGUAUCGCUUUAACAGACUCGCCAACUGGUCUACUCGCCUACAUCCUGGAGAAGUUCUCCACUUGGACCAACAAAGACUUCCGCUCCAAAGAGGACGGCAACCUCGGUUUUAGAUGGACUAAAGACCAGCUCCUGGAUAAUCUGAUGUUCUACUGGACUACUAAAUCGAUUACAACCUCCAUGAGGCUGUACUCUGAAACCUUGAACUCUAAGCACUUUGCUUUGCAGUUAGAUGAGAUCCCAACUCCAGUGCCAACAUGGGUAAUCCAAGCGAAGAACGAGAUAGCGUACUUGCCGCCUCUCAUGCUCAAGAUGAAGUUCCCGAACCUGGUGGGAGAGCGUGCGGUAGACGACGGUGGACACUUCCUCGCCUUCGAGCUGCCGAAACUCUUCGCUGAAGACGUGUUGACAGCUAUCCAGGAAUUCAGGAACCUGAAGAGUGCUAAGACUGAAUUCUAAUUUUACUAAUGACAUAAAUUAUGAUUACUAUAA